AUGAACUCCACCUACUUACCCUGGGGUGAUGAGUUCUAUGAACAGAUUCACAGACUCCCAAUGGGCUCAUCCCUAUCCCCUAUUCUAACCGAAAUUUACAUCACAGAACUAGAAGAGAAAGCACUACAAACUGCAACCGUCAAACCAACCUGCUGGUACCGGAAAGUGUAUGAUACUUUCGUCAUCCUCCAACCUGAUCAUGAUCCCACCCAGCUUCUCAUCCAUCUAAACAACCAACACCCCUGCAUCAAAUGUACGAUGGAGUCAGAGCAGAACAAGAAAUUACCUUUCCUUGACGUCCUUGUAUCCCUCACAUCCUCCAACCAUCUCCAGACCACUGUGUACAGGAAACCUAGCCAUUCGGAUCAGUACAUGCAGUACAACUCCAAGUAUGCAGGAUAA